GCUUCGAUUGAUUGCUCGCGUGUUUACUAUUUUUUCUGUAAAGGUUAAAGUAAUACAUAUACAUACGUAUCUAAUAGAAUGUCAUAAAUCAGUUUUUUUUACUUAAUUAAUGAUUAAUGAAAUUAUUCAUGAAAUAUGGAGAUGCAACAUCAGGCUACCGAAGAAAAUAAAAGAAGUGGAAAUAGAGAUUGUACGGUUGAAUCAAUUUUAAAAGACAAUUCUGUAUUUAUUGUAGAAAAAAAUGAGCGGGAGAAGGAAAUAAAUAACAAAGUUGAUAAUAUUGAAAAUAAAUUAGCAAAACCCUUAUUAACCUUCAAAUGGCAAAAAAAUUCCACUAAAAUGAAAAUGGAUUUGCAAGGAUCUGUUGCUAAAGCAUUUUCGAAUUUUAAUCAGGAUGAUCAUAUUGAAAAAUCUAGAAAUAGAUUUGUUGUUUUCAAAAAUAAAUUAUGUGAUGAUGAAUCAACUGUUACAGCUGAUCAAAAUGUCAAAAUAACAUGUUCAUAUAAAGAGCCGAUUUGGAGUGGCAUGCCAUCCGAUAUUUAUAAAGUGGAUGUUUUUAAGGCUGGUGUAAUUCUGAAAACUUUAGAUCUUUCAUAUAAAAGUUACAAUGUUAUUGGGACAUCAUUAUCCUGUGAUAUCAUCUUAUCACAUAAAACAGUAUCCGAAUUUCAUGCAGUUUUACAAUACAGAUGCAUAGCUGAUUUUGAAAAUGAAACAGGAAUUUAUAUUUAUGAUUUGAACAGUACAUAUGGGACUUUUUUAAAUGGAGUAAAGAUAAAGCCCUACACAUACAUAAUAGUUCAAGGUGGUGAAUUGUUGAGCUUUGGUAAUGGUCAACGAAAAUAUGUUUUACAUACACCAAAAGAUAGUAAAGAGCAGGAAGCUCAACUUUCUGCUAUAGAAUUACAAGAAUUACAAGAAAGUGAAUUACAAGAGCAACGAAAAAUAUAUAUAGAACAAUUAUCGAAACAAAGGGAGUUAAUCACAAUGAAACAAGAAGAAUCUGAAGGAAUCAGUUGGGGAAUAAUAGAUGUUGAUGAACUUUCAAGAUCAACAGUUACCUCAGAAUAUUCUGAAAGUGAUAACGAAGUAUCAUAUUUAGAUAAUCCUAAAAAAACUUUGCAAGAUUGGUUUAAGUGGGAAGGAUAUGAUUUAGAAUAUCAAACAGUAGAUGAAGGAUUUGGAAGAUUUUCUUGCUGCAUCGAUUUAACUUUGGAUGCCUUGGGCUCUACAAAAAAAAUCCAAUGUACUGUCAAUGGAGAUAAAAUGAAAGCUAUUGAUGAAUGCAUUUUGAGAGCUUGCAAGUUCUUAGAUGAUUAUGGAUUUUUGCAGCAAGCAUUCAAGGAAAAAAAGAGUACAUUCCGAAAUUGGGAAGCUGCAGAUUAUUAUGAUUCUGAUGAAGACAAUUAUCUAGACAGAACUGGAGCAAUUGAGAAGAAACGUCAAAAAAGAAUGGAAAUGGAUGGAAAAUUAAAAACUCAAGAAAUGCGUGAUAUUUUGUCAGAAAAAUAUGCAGAUGUAUGUAAACAGAUAACUACGUUGGAAAAUUCAAUAAAUUUAUCAAAAAAUAAUAAAGAUAAAAAAAAAGAUUCAGAUGAAGAUGCAUUGGAUGCUUUUAUGACUGAACUCAACACAUCAAGUUUAAGUAAAACAGAAAUCAAAGAUGUAAAAUUAGAAAUCCAAAAUUUACACAAAGCAUGGAAUCUGUUACUUAAUUCAAUCAAUGUAAAUACUAUUACUGGUGCUAAUCAAUCAGAACCUCAUUUAGAAAGUAUAACUGAAAAAACUAAGAAUGGUUGCAGAUUCAGAUAAUGAAACAAAUAAUUAUUCAUGAUAUAAAUAAUAUAUACACACAAAUGAUUAACUAUAUCAUAUUAUAGUAAAUAAUUGACACAGCAUUUUUUGUAAAUAAUAAAAUUGUCUGGUCACCUAACUAUUAAAUUGGGAAAAUUUUCAAUUUAUAUUCGAUAUAUUUGAUUGUAUAUUUUAUAAUAGAGUUGAAUAACCAAUUUUUAAAAGUAUAAAAGAAUAUUUUAUUUGAAGAAAAGUAUAAAGUUCAAAUCAUUCUGUAAUCUUUUAAAUGGAGAAGUUAUGUAAGUUUAA